AUGAGUGAUAACAGCUUUAACGGCUCUAUCCCUCCUGAAUUGUUCUCCUUAAAGAAUCUUCAGUGCCUUGACUUGAGCAGGAAUGAUAUUGGUGGUACGUUGAGUGGUAGUCUUUCCGAACUGCUGACGCUGACACUGAGGCAGAACCUGUUCAGUGGUUCUAUACCAUUGUCUGUAUCACAGUUAACGAAGCUCGAAACUUUUGAUCUCCAGAACAGUUCCUUGUCUUUUGAAAUUCCCGACGGUAUUGGGAAGUUAGCCAAUAUAUCAACUCUGUCUUUGAGCAGGAACAAGUUGUCUGGUGGAAUUCCAUCGUCCAUUCAGAAUCUGACAAAUCUUGAAACCCUUGAGCUUGAGAAUAACAAUGGCUUGUCCGGUGAGAUUCCUACUUGGCUGUUUGGUCUUCAGAAGCUGAAGAUAUUGCGGUUAGGAGGAAACAAACUCCAAUGGAACAAGAAUGUCUCUGUCUAUGCACAGUCUAAGUUAACACAUCUGUCACUUAGAUCUUGUGGCUUAGAAGGGAACAUUCCGGAUUGGCUCAAGAAUCAAACAGCUCUUCUUCCUGGAUCUGAGCAUGAACAAACUCGAAGGAAGUUUUCCCAAAUGUCUAUAAGCUUAUCGGUUCUUGCGCUAUCAAGAAACAACUUCUCUGGUCAGAUUCCUGAUACGGAUCAGUACCAAAGUCUAUCUCAAAGAUCCACAGGCUGCUGUUGCUGGACUAGUCAAAGAACAAAUUAUCCGGUGAAUUCCCAAGGGGAUGUUCCAGCUUUCUUUGGUUCAAACACCAUAAUGCUAUCUAUGAGUCAGAACAACUUCAGUGGCGAAUUCCCUCACGACUUCACCAAUCUCCCAUCUCUGAUGCAUUUUGAUCUUCAUGACAACAAAAUCUCCGGUAAUGUCCCGAGUUUUAUCUCCCGGUUGUCUUCUUCUCUAGAGGUACUUACCUGA